UUUUUUUUAAAACGCAGUAUUUAAUUAAAUCACAAAAUAUUUUCCAAAGAUACAUUAUAUUGUUUAAAACCUCUGUUCUUGUAUGAGGGUCAUUGAAAAAAGUUAAAAUUCGUUUUUCUAAAAAAAUCAAAUUUAAUUGACAACCAGAACUUAAUAAUAUCCAACACCAUUUGUAAAUCUUUCUUUAGAUAAAGAUUACUCAUCAAUCAUGAUUAGAAUAGCAAUAAUCUUUAUGCUAUCUUCACUGACUAAUGGUGAUAACCAUAAAGAUUACAAAUUGGAUUUGAGUACAGUAUAUAAUUCUCUCUUAGAAGUGAAUUUGUAUAUGAGCAGACAAAUUAUGGAAAAUGAUUCGGCAAUUUUCUUUGGUAACACAAAAGGUGGAAGAAGUACACUUAUUAAUUACAUAAUGGGCAAUGAAUUAUUUGGUGUAAAGCAGUCGAUAUAUAAUCCAAUAGAAAUAAUAGCAAGAAAUGAAUCCAUUGGACCAAAAAUUGGAAGAGGAUCAUUAACAGAGACUUCAAUCCCCUCAAGUUGGACUUCGAAAUUAUUACCUAAUUUGACUCUCUGGGACACUCCUCCGUUUGACGACAAUAGAGGAGCAGUACGUGACAUUACUAAUUCCUUUUAUUUGUAUAAUCUGGUGAAAAGGGUUAAAUCUCUAAAAAUAAUUCUAGUUGUUGACAUUAACGAUAUUACACAAGAUAAUACUCAACAGUUUAUGUCUCUUAUCACAUCAGUUGAAACUCUUUUUGGUAAUGGGUUUGAAAACUAUUUUAAUAGUACAACAGUCAUUUUUACAAAAGUACCUACCACUACUUAUGAUGACCAACCAAUUGAUAAUGAAUACAUAAAUUAUCAUUUAGAAAAUCAUUUGUUACUCGACACAGGAUUGAAAUGGUCCGAAGUUUUGAAAAGAUUUAUAGAAUUUAUAAUACAUAAUAAAGACCGAGUUGCACUUUUCAAGAAAUUAAAUCAUCCAGAUAAUGUAACUAAGGAUAUCGAUGAUAAUAUAUUUCCGGCUAUUCGUAACUCUGAAAGCAUAAAUAGUAGUUCUCUUCAAAACGUACGUCCAAGAAUAUCAGCUGCUUCUAUGCUAGAAUUGUUUAAAACCAGGCAGACAUUGCAGACAAGGUUAAUUGUUGAAGGUACAGAAAAAUUAAUGUUAAAGAAAUUAAAUGACACGAUGGAUGUUUUGGAUAAAUUAAACAAUGAGAUAGAUAAAAAUAACAUAACUGCAAUAAAGACAAAUUUAACAGAAGAUUUGAAUAAACUUACUCAGUCUUUGACUUAUGAAAAUAAUAUAACAAAUAAAGUAGAUAGCUUCAUUGCCAUUGAUUCUGGCCUUAAUGUCACUGAAAAGGAGAAUUUGAAAAGAAAUGUAGAACUAAUACAAAAAGUUGCAGACCUCUUAAAUGUUACUAUAAGUAAAGCAUUAGAGUUUACUGUGGACUCUUAUUUGUUAACCUUAAGCCUAAAAUAUGAAGCAGCGAUUUCACUAGCUGAUGUAAAAUUAGGCAUUAUAUCAGAACAAGAAUUUUUGGAUAGAGAGAAACAAAAAGAAAAGCUAGCUCAAAAUAUUAAUAUAGCAAAAGAAAAAUUAAAUGAAUUGGAUAAUACUGGAGACAGUAAUAUAUUGACUAACAUUCUUGAAAAAGUGGAAAAUUUGUUUAGUAAAAUAAAAUCAUGGUUAAUUUCCAGGGGGGGGGUUUGGAGGUUCAAAUCCUCCCCAAAAUUUGGAGAAAACAUAUUUGUUAAAGCCUAAAUUUCUAAUUUUAUUCUGAGUACACCUCUUAUCAAAUUCCAUAACACCCCCCCCCCCCGACAUUUUUUUUGGCUACGCUCCUGUUUACUUCCAAUAAAGGCAAGUAAAAGGGAUGUAUCGUUCUUAAAUAAGUGAUAGGAAAAGCGAAUGUGAAAGUCAACAACUCCAUUGUGAGGCUUUUCUAUGUAUUGAAUUAUCAGGACGCCAGUCAUUAGCAGAAGUUUUCACUACUUACAAAUCUAAAAUUAUAUCUUUAAAAUUGAGAGUAGCAAACCCAAAUGUAGGAAAUAAAUAUAAUAUCUUGAAAUAUUUUACAUAUUCGUCACAUUUGCUUGAAACUCAUUUGUCGAGUGUAUUUGAAUUCGCUGAUUACGCAUCUAGCUGCAAAAAGUUUUUUAAUUUGACAAAUAUAUUCUAACAGAUGUUUAAUGCAUUAUGCCUUAUACGCUCCAGUCACAGUUUUCAAUCAAAUUGAAUAGGUCUUCAAAUUUUUCUCGCCAUAUUGAAUAUAAGCUAUUUUGAAUUCCGUAACUCUUAUGUCAGAUUUGUAGUCAAAGAACCAAAAAAACUCCCGCAUAAAAAGUUUUAAGCAAAAGAAAUCAAUUUUUAAUUUUUUUUCGCUAUAUUGGAUUCACUAUUCCUAAUUUUGAAAGUCUGAUCUAGGAUUUGUAAACAAUAAACCUAAAAAUUCUUCAAAUUAUCAGUUUCACGCCAAUCCAAUCACUUUUCUAAAACGUUUCCUCGCAAAGGUGCAAUUUAUUUUAUGUUAUGCAAAACUUAUACUUCUUUAAGAGAAAAAUUUAAGUAAAAAAAAAUUAUUUUUACAAGAUUUGCAAUGAAUAAUGAAUUAAUUUAGAUAAGGUAAAAGUUGGUAUUACUGUAAGCGAAUCCACCCAAAUAGCACAGUAUUUAAGUUAAAUAUUGAUUCCAUUUUUCCACGAAAAAUUGAAGAAAUAUUGCCUUGCAAUAUUAAGGCAACAUUGUCUCACAAUGUUUAAAAAUAUAAUAUUAUAAUUAUUACAAUAUAAUUUUAUGUGACAGGGAAAAUUAAAAGGGACCUACGGUUCGAAAAAGUCAAUUUUUUAUUAUUUAGUGAUUCUGAUAGAAAAAACUUAUCUCAAUCAGAAUCACUAAAUAAUAAAAAAUUGAUGUUUUCGAACCGUAGGUCCCUUCUAACUUUCCCUGUCACAUAUAAUAAUGUAUAGUAAUUUAUUAUAUAUUUUUAAUUAAUUAUUAUAUAUUUUAAAUUGAAGGAAUUAAUCCAUUUCCAAUUCUUAUCUGAAGAGGCCUAACGUAGUAGGGUAAAACCUAAUGCAUUUAUAAAAAAAAGGAAUAAAUAAUUGCACGAAAACGUUUUUGUUCUAGUAACGUUGCUAAAACGUUGGCGUUUUUAUAACGUUUCAUGUCCGCUACAUAACGGCUUAAGAACGUCCAAUGUUCUAAAAACGUUUUAGAUACGUUUCUAGCACAAAGACGUUUUCGUGCCCAGAGAGUGGAUUAUAUUUUAAACCAAAAAAACAAAAAUCAUCUAAAUUUAAAAAAAUUUAAAAAACUUUCAAAUCUAUUAUAUUUUAUUAUAUUAUAAUAUUACCAGGCAAUGUUGCACAAACAUUGUCCACCAUAUAAAAAUCAAAUGUUGUGCUUUUUGGGUAUAACUAUAAUUACUCUUCCUAUGUAUGGAGUUUGAUUAAGAAGCUCUACUUUUUUAUCGUAAAAUAUUCGUACAAUAUUCAUUUUCAUAUAAUACGUGUAGAAUAAACAAUUUUUGAAAUUUCUAGCAGCGCAAAGUUUGGAACACAAUCUAAUAUCAACAUUUGCUGGUUUAAAAAUAAAUGUUUUUAAAUCAUUCAGAUCCAAGAAGCUUCUAAGAUAAAUACAUUUUGCAGUAAUAAUUUUAAUGGAAUUUUAAUAAGACUUUGUAUAAAUACAAUUUAUAUUCUGCUUAUAGAUUUUGCAUUUAUUAUUGUAAAGUUUAUUUUUCUUAAGCCUGGUGUGUUUUAGAUCGAAUAUGGAGCAACAAAUAGAAUUCAUAAAUGUUACUACCCAAAAUAUUAAAAAGUUUCUUAUAUGCUUUUAUAAAGUUUCAGUUUCUAUUGUAUAAUAUAUAAUAUUAAAAACGUUGCAUUUACGUUCCUAAAACACUUAAUCUUGAAAUGUGUGUGUAAUAAAAUUAUGCUUAAUUGCAGUAAAAAGUCAAA